UUCUUGCUGCAGGACGAUGUAAUAUUUCUAAUAAAGCCAUUAAAUACUGCUAUUACUGUAUUAUUAACACGGUGUAAAGGAUCCAGGAGUGUCCUCACAGUAACCUUACGUAUUACCUCCACUAGGAGCCGCUGGCCGGCGGCUGAACCCGCUUUAAGCCGAUAGAGCCGCUUUAUUCAUCCGCAGCGAUCCGGGAUGCUCCGACGCUGCUGGGAAUGCCUCAGAGGGUCGAGCAGCCUGGCAGUCACCGGCGUACGAGCACAAAGCUUCGUGGGAGAAAGUUUCUGCACACCAAAAAGUUCUUGGAUACGCUUCGGGAUGAGUGGGAGUAACUGAUGCGUUGUUUUGGAAAGCGUGGACGGGGAUGUUGUUCGGCUUUUCACAAGUUUAGACAGCUAGCUCAACGCUGCGCCGACGUCUGCUAACGCUAGCCUGCUACCGCGUUAGCCUAGCCUGCUAACGUUAGCCUAGCCUGCUAACGUUAGCCUAGCCUGCGAGGUAAAUAUUAGCACUGCCUCUCGGGGUUUCCUGAUCCUGCGUUCUCGGUACCAGGGCCGGGCCGUCGCCGUGUCUGCUGUGUCCUCGUUGUAUUGGUCGUAAUAGUACGCUUCUCUCCGACGCGAUGGGUGGCCUGUUGUUACGCUACACACAAAGCUAACAGGCUACAGAUAGCAUGUUUGAAUGCUAGCUGACGUGAGCUAACGUUGCCGAGCCAGCCAGCAACUUCGGCAGGAGAGUUUCGGCGAGCUAACAACGACGGUAUUGUCGCCCACGACCGACCCCCGCCGCCAGAAGCAGUCAACCCGCAGUCAUGUUUGAAAUGGAGACGCAUAUAUCGUGCCUUUUCCCUGAGAUCCUGGCCAUUAUUUUCAGUUAUCUGGACGUUAAAGACAAAGGGAGAGUAGCCCAAGUGUGCGCGGCCUGGAGGGACGCGUCCUACCACAAGUCCGUGUGGAGGGGGGUGGAAGCCAAGCUCCAUCUGCGGAGAGCCAACCCGUCUCUGUUCCCCAGUCUGCAGACCAGGGGCAUCAAAAAAGUUCAGAUUCUCAGCCUCAGGCGAAGUCUGAGCUACGUAAUCCAAGGGAUGCCGCACAUCGAAAGCCUUAACCUGUGCGGCUGUUUUAACCUCACAGACAACGGACUCGGACAUGCCUUUGUGCAGGACAUCCCAUCCCUGCGGGUGCUGAACCUCAGCCUCUGUAAACAGAUCACUGACUCCAGCCUGGGCAGGAUUGCUCAGUACCUCAAGAACCUGGAGGUGCUUGAACUCGGGGGAUGCAGUAAUAUCACAAACACCGGCCUGUUGCUCAUUGCCUGGGGCUUGCACAGACUCAAGAGCCUCAACCUGCGCAGCUGCAGGCAUGUUUCCGACGUGGGCAUCGGUCACCUGUCCGGCAUGACCCGCAGCGCGGCGGAGGGCUGUCUGUCCCUGGAGAAGUUAACCUUGCAGGACUGCCAGAAGCUGACAGACCUUUCUCUGAAGCAUGUCUCAAAGGGCCUGAACAAGCUCAAAGUGCUCAACCUCAGCUUCUGCGGAGGGAUAUCGGAUGCAGGAAUGAUACACCUGUCUCAUAUGACCCACCUGUGCAGCCUGAACCUGCGGUCGUGUGACAACAUCAGUGACACGGGGAUAAUGCAUCUGGCCAUGGGCUCCCUCCGGCUGUCUGGACUCGAUGUCUCCUUCUGUGACAAGAUUGGAGACCAGAGCCUGGCUUACAUCGCCCAGGGGUUGUAUCAGCUCAAGUCCCUCUCUCUUUGUUCCUGCCAUAUCAGCGACGAUGGCAUUAACAGGAUGGUACGCCAGAUGCACGAACUCAAGACCCUCAACAUUGGACAGUGUGUGAGGAUCACAGACAAAGGGUUGGAGUUGAUAGCGGACCACCUGACCCAGCUGACAGGGAUCGAUCUGUACGGUUGUACUAAGAUCACCAAGAGGGGUCUGGAGAGGAUAACGCAGCUCCCGUGCCUUAAAGUGUUAAACCUGGGACUGUGGCAGAUGACUGAGAGUGAGAGAGUGAGGUGAAAGCUCUCCUAUGUAGUAUACAUGUUUUAAUUGUGUAUAGUGCUCGGCUGCACACUGAGAUAGACUGUUUCCACUCUUAAUUUUACCUUCUAUACUGUGACUAAAAACAAGGAGAGGGCCUCGGCAUCGAUCACUGGAAUAUUGUUCACCUCCACUGCAAUACUCCACUUUUGGUUUCAGUCUUGCUCUCUUCUGAUGUGCAUUGUUUAAUCUCAGCCUGUGUACAGUUCUUACUAUCUAGCUACCUCACCCAUUAAACACAGGAGUGCCUACUAUUGCUGAAUACUAAAUUACAUUGCAUAUUUUUGUGACUCACACACCAAUGGAGAUUUAGAUAUUUUUAAAAAUCCCAUUGCAGAAUAAUAGCUAGGCAUUUUAACUCUUAACAGAAAGGCAAAUUUUGAUAGAAUGUUUUUUUUGGCUGAUGUAUUUUUUACUUGCGUAACCAAUAUUUUUUGUAUUGAGUGAAAAAAUUGUACUUCAAAUUGAAGUGGGUGGAUCACUCCCGUCUGUCUUUGUUUACCUGUGUAUAGUUGGCUAUGUUUCAUAUUCCUGAGGAAAUAAGUAUGUAUCAGAUGUUCCAGUAUGCUACUCUGUCAAAGGUUCAUCAACACAACUACAGUAAGGCGUAGUAAUUAACAGCUGCCAAGGCUUUAUGCAAUACCUUAAAACUGUUUUAUCAGUGGUCUUUCUCCUGAGGAGCUUCCAACGAUAGUGUCAGAGUAUUUGUUUAAAAAAGCAGUAAUUUAAGAUUGUUUUAUAUUCAUACAGUAGUGAUAUUUAUGAAUAAAGAUGGCA